UUUUGCUCGUUUGCUAUUUACUCUCUCUCUCUCUCUCUCUCUCUUUCUCUUUCUCUCUCUCUCUUAUUCACAUUUGUACACCGAAGGCAGAAGAAUUCAAUUCCUUUCUCUUAUAGAUCCACUUCAACCUCCGAGCAGUCGCAUUUCUUGGCAGUUUUCUCUUCAGUUUUCUCGGGAAAAAGGAAAAAAGAGAAAGCAAAAGAAGCCAUGAAAACUGUAAAUUCCAUAGGGAAUGUGUCAGCUUUAGGUAUCCUGUGAAGAGACUGAAACGACACAGUUUUAAAAAAAUCCCACCUUUAUGUUCGUUUUGGGAGGCAACAGAGCUUUUCUCUAGGACUAUCUCGUUCUUAACAAUGCAGAACGGGAUCUUUAUAUUUCGAGGUUCUCUAUUUUUCUCUCUUUUUUUUGAAUAUAAAAUAAUAUAUAUUUUUUAAUUUCUUUGUUUUUGAUCUUUUGAGCUGUUUAUAAAACCCCUAAGCUUUGGUCAAAACUUGAAACCAUUUUUCUUGUCCAUUUUGAUGAGGUGCUUUUAUAUGGGUUUUUAUUUUUUCGGCUGAUUAGAAGACACGGAUGGGAGGGUUUUGUAAAUGUGGGUAUUUUAUUUUGAGCUAAUACUGGUGGAAUUAGUAGUGUAAAUUUGAGGUGCUAAGUGUUAAAAGCCAAGAUCUGUGUUGGUGUAGCUUCAAGAUUAUGGUUGAUGAAUGCAGUUUACUAGAACUAGAUAACCCAUAUAUGGUUUUGAUAUUUGAGCCUUUGGUGCUGAUUUAAUGUGCAGCAACUGACAGAAAAAAUGGGGGUCUUAGUGAAUUCCCUAGGUGGAUGUUUUGGGGUUCGUUCAAUUUUGGGGAAGAUUUGAACGAAGUGGGAAGUAGUUAAGUUUGCAAAAUUGGGGUACUUUUGAGGUAGGGAGCUCAAGAUCUCUUGAAAAUCAUUGUUGGGUAUAAGGUGUGUUGACAAUGUCAGGAGCUCCACGAGUGAGGUCAAUGAAUGUGGCUGAUUCUGAGACCAGGCCUGUGUUAGGACCCACUGGAAACAACAAGGCAGCGUCUUUGAGUGCACGGAAACCUGCUUCCAAACAAUUGAGAAACGUUGAAAUGUCGCCUGAGGAAGUUGCAUUAGGUGAAGAGAAGAAGGCACUUGUGGUGUCUACUGUCAAUACUCUAUCGCCCAAAUCGCAUUCUGUUAGUGCUUCUUCUGUGCUUCGUCGCCAUGAGCAGUUGUUGCAUUCAAAUUUAUCACUGAACGCUUCUUGUUCAUCUGAUGCCUCCACGGAUUCAUUCCAUAGCCGAGCAUCUACAGGGAGGUUGACACGGUCCAUUAGUUUGGGAAGUAGGAGGAAGCCAUAUGCUUCAAAACCAAGAAGUGUCGUCUCUGAUGGGAGUUUAGAAUCUCCACCACCUUCCUGCGGUUCACAGACCAAGAAGAGUUGUGCAUGGGUAACACCAAACACUGAUCCUUGUUAUGCUGCGUUCCAUGAUGAAGAAUGGGGAGUUCCAGUACAUGAUGACAAGAAAUUGUUUGAGCUUCUUGUUCUUUCAGGUGCUUUGGCUGAACUUACUUGGCCUGCCAUUCUAAGCAAAAGACACAUCUUUAGGGAAGUUUUUGCAGAUUUUGAUCCAGUUUCUGUCUCGAAAUUUAAUGAGAAGAAGAUAAUAGCACCUGGAAGCACAGCUAACUCCUUAUUAUCAGAAGUUAAAUUGCGUGCAAUCAUUGAGAAUGCUCGCCAAAUAUUGAAGGUGAUAGAUGAGUUUGGGUCAUUUGAUAAGUAUAUUUGGAGCUUUGUAAACUACAAGCCUAUAGUUAGCAGAUUCCGGUAUCCUCGUCAGAUUCCUGUCAAAACUCCAAAAGCAGACGUAAUGAGCAAAGAUCUAGUGAGAAGAGGAUUCCGCAGCGUGGGGCCCACAGUCGUCCACUCAUUCAUGCAGGUGGCAGGGUUAACAAACGAUCAUCUCACCAGUUGCUUCAGAUUUCAUGAGUGUAUAAAUGCAGCAGAAGGGAAGGAAGAAAGCGGAGCCGUCAAGGUUGAAGAUAAGGUAACAGAUGGUGUCAUGGAAUCCAAAAUGUCCAUAACCAUGGAUGAAUCAAGUUUCUCCUCAGAAUGAUGGUGGCACACAGGGAACAGAGCAGCAGGUUCAGUCAUCAGUUUAUCCUAGUAACUAAUUCACGGCUGCCGAGGUAGCAAUGGUCUUCUUGUGUAUAAAAUUUCAUGAAUUCGAGAAUUCCUAGAUUGUGAAUUAAAUCAACUGAUGAUUGUUCUGUUGAGAGCCUUGAAAAUUUAAUGCCAGAUUUUUUGUACA